AUGGCUUUGGAAUCCUGUGUCAAGACAGACUGGGCCCUUAAGAGCUCCGGAGCCAGCAUUGACACACAAAGAACUUCCCAGACCUACGACUGCAAAGAGGGCAGUCUCUGCAGGAUUUUACGCCUCUUCUGGACUGCCAGCCCUCCUGAUACUAUUCUGCAGCCACAUGUUUACCCAGGAAACUGCUGGGCUUUCAAGGGGCAUCAGGGACAGGUUGUCAUCAGGUUGCCAGCACGAGUCUACCUGACUGCCAUCACAGUGCAGCACAUCACCAAAGAAGUCUCUCCAAGUGGGACCAUCAACAGUGCCCCCAAAGACAUUGCUGUGUUUGGAUUGGAUGCAGACAGAGAAGAGGAAACUCUCCUGGGGAUGUUCAGCUACAAUGUGGAAAAAGAUCCCAUGCAGACUUUUGCUCUGAAGCACAUGCUGCUCCCCAGAGCCUUUUCAGUAGUCAAACUUAUUGUGAAGAGCAACUGGGGAAACCCACGGUAUACCUGCAUUUACCGAGUGAAGGUUCAUGGAAAGAUGGAAAAACCAGAAAGCUUUAAUCAAGGGCUGAGAUAA